CUCGGCGAGACUCUGAACGAGCCCGCGGUCGUGAUUCAGGGCACACAGACAAAAACUGAGGAUGGAGAGGAGCAGACAGUGAUAGUGAAAAUGUGGCAGAACGGAUUCAGCCUCGAUGACGGCCCUCUUCGUCCCUACACCGAUCCCGAAUCCCAGGAGUUUAUAGAGUGCAUUAAGCGAGGUCAAAUUCCCAGGGAACUGAUAUCAUCAUCAAAUAUGGAAGUUCAUGUGCUCCUCGAGGACCACCACACCGAAUCCUAUACACCGCCUCCAGCCCCAAAACUCAAAGCCUUCUCGGGCACAGGGCACAUGCUUGGCAAUCCUACUCCUCGUGUCGUCUUCAACAAACCGGCACCUGCUGCUACUGCAGCUGCUCCUCUUGGUCCCCAUGUGGACGAGACCCUUCCGUCGACGCAGAUCCAAGUCAGGCUCCCAGAUGGCUCUAGGUGA